AUGGACUAUCGUGUCACGAGCAAAUACCUUGCCAACAUAAUAGAAAGAAGUGAAUUGCCUCCGGAAGAUUCGAGAAAAGUAGUAAAGUAUCUUAAUGAACUCGGCGAUCAAAUUAUUGGCUCUGGUGAGAACGUCGAAAAAAUGUAUUUUGCCGGCAAUUUGGCCUUUAGAGGACUUGACCUGGAGUUAAGGUUUAUCCUCGAAAAUAUUCACCCUGAUGAAGUCCUCACACAGCAGAACACAACUUUCUUUGUCGAACGGUUUGGAAAGAUUCUAAAUAUUGUUACCGGACUACGAGAUCAUUUUCAGAGAAUCAUAGAUGACCUUGAUAAACUUGUUCUGUUAGAUGAAAAGAUGCUUCAAUCUGCAAAUGGAAUGAAUUAUGUGGAAUUAUAUUUCGAGGAUGCUACUCCGGUGUUAGAUAAGACCCACGAUGUGGAAAAAGCGAAACGAAAGCUCGAAUAUCUAAUGCAAUUUAUGAAAAUUAUUCCAGAUAUUCGGAAUCAAAUAAACUAUACUCUGGUCGAAUUCAAUCAGCAUCGACUAGCGCUGAUUAAAGGUCGUAGUAUAUGGUCUAAAUUUCGAAGACGAAAGUUAGUUUCGCUUGAGGACACCGAAAAAUUAUAUGAAACGAUUCAAAAGUUAGACAGUGCAGCAAAAGUUUUUAAAACGAAAGGUUUAGAAAGUGUAAAACGAAUCAGCGUAUAG